AUGGCACCACUCAAGACCUCAGCUAGCUCGUCUAGCUGCAACUUGGUCUCAACCCACAAGUAUGAUAUUGCUGCAGCUAAUGGGGAUUUAGAGAUCGUAAAAGAGCUCCUGAAAUUAGGUGAUAGUUUGUGUCUGGUCAAGGGAAAGGAUGGAAGAAUUCCCCUACACUAUGUAGCGAUCAAAGGCAGAAUACAAGUCAUUAAAGAACUGAUUUCAGCCAGUGAAGAUAGCAUAAGAGAAGUGACGGCACGUGGUGAAACUUCUCUCCAUCUGGCUGUGAAAAACAAUCAAUUCGAAGCCUUUAAGAGCCUGGCAGUGUACCUGAAGACCUAUGAUAAAGAGGAUAUAUUGAAUGAGAAGGAUGCACAAGGGAACUCCAUCUUGCAUCUUGCAGUCUCCAGAAAGCAAUACGAGGUUGUUGAGUUGGUGCUGGAUGAAAAUUUUGUUAACAAGGGAAAGUUGGAGCUGAAUUCCUUAAACAAAAGGGGUCUUGCACCAAUUGAUGCAUUACUAUCAGAAGGGGGUGGUUGUGAAAUUGAACAAAUGCGUAGUCUAGCUGGGGCUUCAGGAGUUGAAGACAUGCACCUAGACCAACAGGCUAUGCAAACAGAAAACAGGACUAUUGCCACUCAGGAUGCAUCAGCACAUGGAUUGAGGGGAGAGAGGCCUCCAAAGCCCUCUAAAAAAUUGCAGGAAUACUUCAAAUAUGAUGAAAGGAUCAAUGAUCUCAGACAAUAUUUUAUUCUCAUUAAGAGUUGA